GUCAUUACCUACCGUGUUUGUUUAUAGUAUAGAUGGCUUGGAAAGUUUCUCUUAACGAAAGAAGUCACAAGUAAUCUUCACCGAUUCCUUGUGGUUAUAGAUGGCCGACUGUCCCAUGAACCAUUGGGGUCGUCGAUGGCUUCCCUGUUGUGCCCUAUGCAUAUUGGUAGCGCUAGGCAUGUUGGGAAAUGUCAUCUGCACUCAAAACUGUCACGAGGAGAAGCUCAAGUACCGAGGUUUGCCGUAUGGAGACGCGACAUUCUACUGGCCACUAGAAUCUUCAAGUGCCCUUAAAGAAGUGAUCAACUGUCGCAACGUGUCGUCUGUUUAUGGUGCUGUCACCUCUGUGUCCUCCCCGGAGGUCUCGUACGGUGUCAGAACUAGUGAGGGAAUACGACUGGGGACACUUCAAGAAAGCUGCAUCAAAGAACCAUCGGCCUGUAUCAAUGGUCUGUCAAUAGCUCUCUGGAUCAACAUACCACAGUCGGCUUCCACAACGGACGGCAUAGUGCUCUGUACAGGUGAUGACUCGGGCAACAUAUCACACGUCGUCAUGACAUCUAAAGGUCUUAAAAUAGAGGUUCAACUUCUUGUGUCCGAUAAGCGACAUAUGGCGAGUUUCGAUGUGGCCGCGGGGGAUUGGAUUCAAGUGGUGAUUACGCACAAUGCAAUCGAUGGUUUGGUCUACUAUAAGAAUGGAAAGAGAUAUACCGAGUCAGUCAAUGUGACUAGCAUUAGCUCUGUUCAAGUGCCGUCUACAAACCUUUUCCUGUCCUACGCCGCUAAAGAAGCAGGAAAACAAGCGAGCUACCGAGAAAUAGCCGUAUGGGAUCGCACCAUAACAGAACCGGAAGUCAUGGCUCUUUACAGGCACACCCCAGGGUGUCAGGAAAUAGCACCAAGUGACAUGACGUUCUCAUCAAGACUAAAAGUCGCGCCGUAUGAUGCAAGAAAUGCUCACUUCGAUUCUAAGCUCGGAUGGUGCGCUGGAGGUGAAGUGUCGUCGAGUUUACUUGAGGUUACUUUGUCUGAAGUGUUUAAAGUGUAUUCCAUCGUUCUGCACCAAGUUGAUUUUGAUGGUUCUAUUGAGUUCGUCAAAUCACUCAAUGUGCAGUGGUCUCUCGACGGAAUCAAGUGGACUCGAGCCGUGACUGUCAGUGGUCUUACCAGCUCGUCAGAGUUUCGUGUGUUGGACCUUCCCUCUGGUCCUGCAGCCAUGAAGAUUAUGCAAAUCACCCCUUUGGACUCUGAAGGUCGCAAGUGCAUGCGGCUCAAACUGUUGGGGUACAAGCUGGGACCACUGAAUAUCAUCGCGUCUAUAAACACAUCUACAUCACAAGGGCCAUCGCACUGCUCUGUCAUGGUAAACGGAAUGGAGUAUUGUCCAAACAAACCUGGCCAUAAUCUGGUGGCGCUUAACGUUUCCAGUGGGGAGUUCCUCGCCACAGCGAACUUCAACACCCAAAGUGACGAAAGCGCUGGUAAUAACAUGAGUCACUUUAUCGAUGGUUUGGAAAAUGGAACAAUGGUGGUGGUGGUCGUCAAAGACUCUGGCCAUAGGAACACGCCACGUGGUUUAAUGUCUCUCUAUGAACUUGGCGCGCAGAGCGCCCUACCCCUUGGAGAGAAUACGCAGUUCAUUCUGAUUGGGAGAAAGGGAAAGCUAGAUUAUUGGAUCGCCGAAAAGAGCGCUUCUGCGAAUGAAGGAAACCUUUCUUUGAAUGCAUCUAUUCAACUCCGCUUAGAGCCAAUAGAGACUCAUUAUUGGCCUAUGGACGUUUACGACUUUACCACUGUGCACGGGUCAUCCAUAUCGCCCUACUACCGAUCAAAUAUCAAGGAUUAUCGUGGGGGAAGCGCCUAUCUGCAAAGAAUUUCAAGCUUUCCUCACCGGUUUGGAGCCUUGUACUCCGAUAAAGGGAGGUUGUACAGUGUCGAUUUAUCAACGUCUGACUGCCUUGUCUCACCCUCAAACUGUCCGGGUGGAGUGUCAGUAUCUUGGUGGAUCAAACACCACCACGAAUGGCUUGUGAAAGGCGAAGUAAAGGAGCCGGCGAGUAUAAACGAUAACCCAUCUCUUGUGCUUGUUGAUCAAGGCACCAUAAGAGUGUCGGAAUACAGCUAUCUGAGCGAGAACAAUCGCCAUAAAGUAACUCUCUUAUCGUUUGGCACCGGACAUAUGAUAGACGCCCAGUCAUUUGACAUGGUCGAUGACGCAACCGCAAGUGGACGCUUCAAACAGAUGCUCGAAUCAGCACCGUACGGGACCGUAGUGCUCAUCAGCGCAGACGGGAAUACGAAGCUUGAUGAUGCCGGUCUAAUUAGUGUUUUGGGGCGUGUCGGGGCCGUGAUGCCCGCCUUAACCAUGAGGGAUUCAUACUGCUUCAUUGGGUACAAGGGCGUCGAUGGUAACGAGUGGAAGGAGAUGGACUGGGUUGAGGAAGUGAAUAACGCGAAUAGUGGGUGUAGACUGUACAAACGGGUCCCUUUUUACCAACCCUGGCGCUCGCCUGUGGGAAUACAGAACCGCACUCUUCAACAUUGGCAACUGCGAACUAACAAUUUAGACCCAACUAACCCUCCCGGAAAUGCUAGGCUUCACCAUAAUAUUAAUGGGUGGAGUGGUAUAUCCUCAGGGGGGUUCCUAGAGAUCGAGCUUCCCGUGACGGCCUUCUUAGGUGGGCUGGCUACUCAGGGAAGUGGACAGUCUGACUCUUGGGUCAAGUCGUACAGUUUGCAGUACGCGGUGGAUAUCAAGAACUGGGAGUGGCUUAGAGAAGAUGGUUUGAGAACGGAAUACGUUGGGAACUCGGAUAGGCAUACAGUGAUGAAACAUUACUUCCGGCGUCCACUGAACACGCGCCUUGUGCGUAUAGUAGUGGUUACUUUUCAUGUCGCCCCGAUCCUCCGAGCUGAGCUCUUCUAUCUCAACACAGUUUACAGAUGGAUAGAAAAUCAAGCUUUACCAGAGCCACCAGAUCCACCAGACUCACCUCUCGCUCUGGGUCUGGAAAGCGGCGCUACCCCAGACAGCAAGCUCCAGGCCUCCUCGGCCCGGCAGGCCGGCCAGGCUGCAAAGUUUGCGCGGUUACAUCUCCAGGCGAGUAAGGACAAUGACGCCUGCUGGUGUCCGGAUUCCGCGGAUACUGAAAAGAGCCUCGAUAUCAUGCUGAGCGAGCGAAGCCUGGUAACUGGAGUGGCAAUCCAGGGUCGAGGGAAUGGACAGGAAUGGGUGACGGAGCUCACUAUUGCUAUCAACGAUACUAUAGAGGGACAAGAAUACAUUAUUCAGGAGAACAAGACAACUAAGGUGUUUAAUGGCAAUUUUGACAGCAACUCGGUAGUAAAACUCACGUUUGCCAGCGCUAUGUACGCCACCUCCAUCAAAUUAAAGCCUCGCUCAUGGCAUGGUCAUCCCUGUCUCCGCGCCGAGGUCUACGGUUAUCCACAGCUCUCAUCAUGUUUUGCUCCUCUGCUCCCACGUCUCCACGACAACCACCUGUCGAUGUCCGAAGGAAGUUCCGCUGCAAGUGCCAGACUAAGCAGUGCCAAAGCAUGGUGUGCCGACACCAGCUCCCUCCUCUUCCUUCAGAUGGAUUUGGGUGAGCCUACGGUGGUCAGCGGCAUUGCUACAAAGGGAAUGUCGGAGACUUGGUGUACUGGGUACUACUUAUCUUACAGUCGUGACGGACUGGAAUGGACUGAAUAUAAAGCUUCCGGAAUACGAAAGGUUUUCGUUGGGAACACUGACGAAUCUUCCCUUGUAGUCCAACCCCUCAACCCCUCUCUUGAGACACGAUUUGUACGGCUUCACCCCCUUACGAGUAGCUCACCCCUGACGGUUUGCGUCAAGGUCGAGUUGUUCGGCUGCUUUACAGAAAAUCCAAGAUUUGAUAUUGUUGGACCUGUUGAAAUAAACGCUGCGAUAUCUUCGUUCUUGACCUUGACAGCCUCCUAUCGAAUCUGCCCACAUGGUCUUGCGUGUCCAAAUUGUACCAGGCAGGUGUACGUGGAGGUGUUCGGUGAGACCAAAUGUGCGGUUAGCCAACCGAUAGUGGACUGUCACUACCACCAGUUUACCCUUGCUCUCAUCGUGCCUACACACCCUGAUAUCUACAACAUUAGGGUAUUUGCUGCGGUUGGCGAGGUAUGCAAGGGAGUCACGCCACGUGGCGUGGCGGGAAAACUCAUCGGACGAGUCCUAGCCAAAGUCCAUACCGCUCGUAGCUGUGCUGAUCUUCUGUUGAUGGGCCAUCGCAAGAGCGGAGUGUACACCAUCAGACCCAGCGACAGUCUCUUUACCGUCUUCUGCGAUCAAGACACACAUGGAGGGGGGUGGACUGUCUUGCAGAGACGCUUCAAUGGCUCAGUCGACUUUUACAAAACCUGGGACGAAUACAAGGAAGGUUUCGGGUCUUUUGAAGGGGAGUUCUGGGCAGGGAAUGAUAAUAUUCACCGGCUCACCUCGGUGACGCCUGUAGAGUUGUUGAUCGAGCUCGAAGAUUUCGAAGGGCAGUAUAAAUAUGCAAAGUACCAAACAUUUUCGGUUGGCGACGAAGGUUCCAAGUAUCUGCUAACAGUUGGAGGGUAUUCUGGGACCACUGGAGAUUCGCUGACAAGGCACAGCGGUUCGUUUUUCUCUACCAAAGACCGCGAUGAAGAUGGCUUAGAUGAUUUUGUCUGUAGCGAACUGUUCAGAAGUGGGUUUUGGUACUUCGGCUGUAAGGAUGCUGAUCUUAAUGGACAAUACCAGGGUAAAACAGGCCAAUACGGUAUUCGAUGGGAAGCUUGGGGAGGAAGCAGUGGCAACUUCAAGGCUUCGCAAAUGAAGAUCCGUCCACUUGAUGCUCCGAUGACAUGUGUAGGUUUAGUCUGCUUUUACAUAAGAAAUGUUGCAGCCAAUUGGUGGAAUGCUGUGAAAGGUUGUCUGGAUCUUGGUGCUGAAAUUGCCAGUGUGAAUACCGAAGAUACGAAUAACAUAUUAACAGCUAUACUGAAAGCGAAGGGGAUUGGAACUGCUUAUAUAGGUCUGAACGACAUUGAAAACGAAGGCACAGUUGCAUGGAAAGGCGGACAAAUUGUUGACAACGGCUAUCAAAACAUUGCUGGAAAUAAUCAUCGGGACAACGACUGUGUCUAUAUGUCAUCCAGUGACGGAAAAUGGAGGUUUAAAAAUUGCGUUCAUACUACUGCUGGUUACAUCUGCAAACGAGGUCUGAUGUGCCACCAAGCGUCAUGCUACGUCCCUGCUAACGGCUCGUUUUCUGUUACCAAUGGCAUUUACAUGUGUAAUAAUACAGGCAUGACACCUUUAAAAAUUUUAAGCGCUGAUCAAAAUACGUUUGUCACUUCAAGAGUGGCGCAAGGGAGCAGGAUAUUGAUAGGCUUGAAUGACAACCGCGCAGAGGGCGAAUGGGAGUGGCAUGAUGGAACAAGAGCUAAGUAUGUAAAGUGGAUUACAGAAGAACCUAAUGGAGGUACGGCUAAUAACAAUGCAGUACUUUCGGCAGCCGGAUGGAACGACGUCGAAUCAACAGAAACAGUGGCACUGGCUUGUCAAGAAGAAAUCGCCAAGAGCUGCCGUGAACUGCUUGAGCUAGGGGUGACGACGAGUGGUAUUUAUAAAAUCAGGCCUGAUGACGGAGAGCCAAUAACAGUUUACUGCGACCAAGAAGGAAGUGGGGGCGGCUGGGAGGUGAUUCUAAAGCGAUUUGACGGUUCUGUGAGUUUUCACGAUAAAAGCUGGAAGGACUUCAAGUCGCUUAUCGGAAGUUUGGAUGGAGAGUUCUACAUCGGACACAAUGAUGUUGGACGAAUCACGGAGAGCGGGCGCGAACUACUCGUCACUUUUGGAUACGGAACAACGAUUUUCACCAUGCGGUACUACGCAUUUAAAGUCCAUGACGAAUCAAGAAAUUACUAUAUGUAUGUUGGUAAUCUCGCCUCAGGAAACACGUCAAGUUAUCUCAGCCAUCUCAGCUAUCACUCUUUCUCAACACUUGAUGUCGAUAAGGAUGGAGUGGUUAACAAAAAUUGUGCGAGUCUCGCUAGUAGUGCUGGUUGGUACGGCAUAUCUGCGUCAAAAGAUUGCGACAUGCUAUGGGUUAACCCUUUUGGGUUGUGGAGCACGACGGAGGCAAGCAGCUCUUAUUUAUACUGGCACGGGAUUAAUCAGCCCAUCAAUUAUUUUGAGAUGAAGACAAGAUACGCGGAUUCCGGUUUGACCCAACUUAUACUCGGCACUGAGGAUCCAUUCUACGCAAACCCAAGGCAAGGUCUAUAUGUUAAUCAAUCCCCUCAUCAAUUCAGCUUCCACGUGAUCACAAGCUCAGAGAUGUGGUACCUAGUCACCAGUCCUCGGCAGGGAUGGGUGAGGUACACAUACACGUGGAGUGACGUCAAUGGCGCGCGCGUAUAUGAAAAUGAUAGACUUCUCGCGAAUACACGUGGGACGCGCGAGGCUAAGGCCAACAACCCAAGAGGAUAUAUUUACAUUGGCAUGGAAAUGCACUACGCGAGAAAGAAGUACACUUUCCUACUGAGUCAGCUAAAAACAUGGAGCAAAGAGUUGAGUUUAGAAGAAGUUCAGGAAGAGUAUCACACAAUUCGCAACUCUUUUGAAGAUCACGGACUUGAUGAUGUAAGACUAGACAUGAAAACGCAUCAAUGGAAUCUUACUUCCGGUUGUACUCCGAGUAUCGAAACUGGUCCAUGCAAAGACAACACUUACAAGCACCAACGGGGUUCAUACGUUUAUUUUGAGGCCUCGUACCCAAACAGUCCCCGUCAAAUUGCAACUCUUUUCCGUACCAUUGUACAACCGGACUACAAGUGCGUCUCAUUAUCAUACCACAUGUAUGGAAGUCAAGUGGGCUCAUUGAAUGUGGCGGUGGUCCACAUAUCGAGAGAUUACAGCCUUUAUGAUGCUGAAGAGCACAGGGAGGAAGUCUGGAUGCGGGCGGGAAAUCAAGGUGAUAAAUGGCAUCUAUUGGAAGUCAACAUCACAAGUCAAGCGGAGUACCGUCUAGAAAUCACUGCAACUACAGGCGAAGGAUACAGGGGUGACAUCGCCAUCGACGACUUAAAGCUGACAGUGGAUUCGUGCACUGAGUCAUCAGCUAGCUUGUGCUCAGGAUGCAAGGAGGGCUACAACUGCAACACGACACUCAACAAGUGCGAGUGUCAGGAUCUACAGUUUGUAAAUGACACGUGCCAUGACGUGCUGCUGACCACUGUCCAUGCAGGCGCAGACCACUACUGGCCUCUCGACGACGCAGCGAAUAUAAAGGACACCGCAGGGGGUGUAUCAGGGGACUUGCUGUCCCCCGGGUAUCGCGUACUAGGGGCCAUCAACCACGCCCUUCACGUAGAAGCUGGUGGCCGGAUUGUUUUUGGUGACUUAUCAGGCUCGUGUAUUGUCUCUAAGAUUCCUUGCCCAAAUGGCCUGACCAUCCUGUUUUGGAUAAAGCCACCGAAGAAUGAUGCAAAAGAAGAAAGGAUCUAUCUAGAGUUUGGGCAUUUUACUUCGGAUAUUUUGGGAUUCAUAGUCAAGCAAGACUAUGCGCUCAUAGCCGACACCCCUCAUCUUGUUCUUGAUGCGACCAUGGGUAACGACCACUGUCAGCUUGCCUUCCCUAUCAUUCCCGAGGUGUGGUCGCAUAUAGUGCUGCUAUGGAAACCCAUGCAUGGCUGGAAUGUGAUUCAUAAUGGUAGAAAUAUUACGGAAUUCAUUCUCGAUAAGUGUGCAGCCUUGACAUCAAGUGUACCUACGAACAAAAGGCUUCAAACUGGGAUGGGAAGUGUAAAACCUGCGGUUACCCUUGAUGACUUAGUGGUCCGUUAUCAGGCGAUGACGCUGACUCAAGUGACCAAGACUUACAAACACUUUGUAGCACCUCAAAAUAUGAUCACGCUGUCGGUAAAGUUCCCGGAUGAGAAGUUUAAACCCCAGAUGUUGGACGAAGAAAGCGAAGAGUACAAAGAGUUUAAAAACAAGCUCAUGGAGAAUGUGCGUGCAAUCCUAAUGGCGAAUGGUAACUUUCAGAACAUCGAGCUUCAUAUGCUAAGCAACGGUAGCGUGAAUGCAAACUUCUCCAUGCGAUUUGUCCAUCUCUCCUUUGAAGACGUAAAUGUACUGUGGAAGGCGUUCUGCAGAGUCAGCGGUCUUAACCGAAUGCGCGCGACUCUGAUUGAUUCCUUCGUCCACAUAGAUGGUGUGCCUUUCCUCUUAUGUUCUUCCGCGUAUUCGUGGAAUCCGCUGGACAAGUGUGCGUCUGCGAGUUGCGGAGAGGGGCGCCACUUUGUUUACGACAACAUUACAUCCGCCUUUGGAAGAGAGUGGAUAUGCCUAAGGGAGUUUACGACAACAUUACAUCCGCCUUUGGAAGAGAGUGGAUAUGCUUAAGGGAGAAACUUACCCUACCUAUGAUGCAUUGCACUGGAAGCCAUUGAAAACAACAAGAAAAUAUUGAACUGUCCAAAUCUUGGCUAUUCUUGAACGUUUAUUCUUGCACGCCUAUUUUAUCAAGGAAAACAUAAUUAAUGAAUACAUUCUGGAGAGUCUUUAAGAAAAACACUUCAAGGGUAAGUGUUAUCAA